AUCAUCUACCGUCAUAAUAUGAAACCAUACCUACGAAAUAAAAUGUCGCUUUCCUAAAUAUAUUGUGAAUCAAACAAAAGGAUUGUUUUUUGUUCAAUAUUUUUCGUUAUUUAACAUGAGCGACAAGGAAGAUACUCUUCCUAAUGAAGAUGAAGAUCAGAGUGAAAUUAGGAAAGAACUCUCACAGAUGAGUUUCGAAGAUCUGCAAAAACUAAAAGAGAAAUUAGGUUGUAAAAUAUAUAAGGAAGCAUUGUUUGGUCCACGGAAGGUUAACACGAAAACUAAAUUUAAACGAGAAAAUAAGAAUAGACCGCGUGAAAUGUCUUCAAAGAAGCCUAUUUCGCGAUUCAGAGAAGUGGUACAGGUAAAGAAGUACAUUCCAAGAGAUCCUCGAUUUGAUAGUCUAUGUGGCACAUAUGAUCAGAAGAGAUUUAAAAGAGAUUAUAGCUUCAUUAAUAAAAUAAAAGAGGAUGAUAUCAAAGAAUUAAAAAAGGAAUUGACUGAGAGUAAAGACCCAAAAAAGACAAAGAAGAUCAAAUACCUUAUACAGAGAUUGGAAAAUCAAUUACGUGAAGACAAAAGAAGAAAUUUGGAAGAACAAAAACAGUGUGAAGAAAAGAAAGAGAUUGUAGAAGCCAUGAGACGUGGUGAAAAACCAUUAUUCAAAACGAAGUCUGAAAAACGAAUUUUGAACUUAAUUUCUCAAUAUGAGGAACUGAAAACUUCAGGCAAACUAAAGAAACAUAUUCAACGAUUGCGCAAGAAAAAUCAACAAAGGAACAGAAAACAGUUAGCGUCAGCAGACUCUGAAUAAAAGAACAAGGUAUAUGUGAAAUUAAAAUUUAUACAAAUUAAACAUAGCUGGAAUAAUUACAGAUGUAUAUAAGUGUAAUAAAUACUAUGAUAGUUAAAGUAAGCUCUCUUCCAUUCAUUUAGUCGUGCUUAUCCUGUAACAAAUGUUUACGCCUGUGUGCUGAAAGUACCAGUCAGGAAGGUAGGAUAAAGAGUGCUUUAUUAAUUAUGUAUUUUUUAUUUAACAUCAAAAGUAAUGACACUUGGGUUGGACAAUGUCUCUCGUUUCUUCCUUAAUGUAAUUCACGUGUGAAAACAGAACUUACAGAAUAAUCAAUAUGAAAGGAAUCGUCAAUCAGAAGAGAUUGUUUGGUAGAGCGGUGUACAUUUUCUUUUCAUUUAUCUCUGAGCGUGUACGUGUGUAUAUCUCUCUCUAUGUUCGCACAUGUCUCUCAGCGUGUGUGGUGUGUAUGUGUGUGGAGUGUGUAUCAUAUAUGCGGCGCUAAAACGAAAAACAGAAAAAGAGUAUGAAACCCGUAUGGAAAAGGCGGACCAUUUAAACAGACCACCUUCUCGUGGGUCACCGUUCAUGCGCGAUCCGUUUGUCCGUCUGCAGUUAUUUAAAAUAUGUACAAUAUUAAUAAAACAUCAUUUAUUUUUUUUUUUUUUGUUUAUAUUUUAAUCAUUCAAUGAUUCUGUUGUGAUGUGGCGGGCUGUGCAGGGGCGACGUUUCACAGAAUUCUCGUGACACUGUUCUUUAUUAUUUUAAGCAUUUGUUUUCUUUUUUAUCUCCUCCUCAAUUCCCAGAUUUUUGAUUUUAUUUUUUGAACUUGAAUAUUUUACUGCCAAUUAUUAUUGUGUUCGAUCGCGGCAACAGAAAAGCGAAGAAUCCGUUAUAUUAAAACACACGAUCUCUCGCCCACAUUCACACAUUUCUCUUUUUCUCCCGCUCUUGUACGCCGAUUCACCCGAAAAACCAGUUUUGCGACGAUUGCGUUGUUUUUGGCGAGGUUACCCGUUUGCAGAACACGAAAAGAUUUGCGACUCGUUUACCGAGGAUUGUCUUUUCCUAUGAAUCCGCGGGUGUAAUACAAGUGAGAAGAAAACGAUGGCGUCGCCGAAACGAGGGAAUACAAUAUAGCCGCAAAUCCAUCCGCGUAACCGGAAACGUAGCGAAAAGAAAACAAAGAAGAAAAGAAAAACACGGUUUCGUACGUAAAAGGAUCACUGAAGAUGUAUGUAUCUCUAAA